UCUCUGUUGUCCUACUUAGGAAAGAUGGCGGCCGUACAAGUCGCCGGCUCUCCCGGGCGCGAAGUGUCACGAGAGCCACCACCAGAGCGCAGCAGUGGAUUUCGCUGCUUGUCGGCCAGGCUCUGCGCCCUGCGCCCGGAUGACAGCAGCUCCGCCCGGACCGAGAUCCACCUGCUCUUCGACCAGCUCAUCUCUGAGAACUACAGCGAGGGCGGCGGCGUGGCUCCGGAGGAUGUCUGUACUCUUCUAGUCCAAGCUUGCCGACUGGUGCCUCUUAAUCAGAAUCAUCUUGUCAGCAAAGUGUCUCAACUUAUCCACCAUUUACUUAACAGAUUACAGGUGAUUGUGGAUGAGCAGAACCUGGCUUUCCUGCUGGGCUAUGCUAUUUCUGCUCUUCGUCAGUGUAGUUCCUGGACACACGUGGAAAUCCUUCAAGCCCUGGCAGCUCUGGUUUACUGCAAUGGCUCAAAAUGUCAAAAGUACCUCCCAGACUUGCUGGGCAAGAGUGGGAUUUUGAUGACAUUGAGUGACUCAGCUCAGCCCGACCCUGAAGUCAGGAGAGCUGCCGUGCACUGUAUGGCAAACUUGUGUCUCAGUGUGCCGGGACAGCCGUACUUGGAGGAGCCCUACCCAAAUAUCUGCUUCCAGGCUUUCUUGACCACUUUACAGUCUCCAAAAUCAUCUGAUAUGGAUGAUAUCACAUUUUGCAUGUUGUUACAAAAUGCAUUAAAAGGUAUACAGUCUCUUCUAAAUGGAGGCAAGAUGAAACUGACACAGACUGAGGAACUUGGAGCUCUGCUGGCUGUGCUAAAGAAAUCUAUGUUUCAUGGACUCCCGGGACUAAACAUAGAGCUGCCCACGGUGUUAUACCCGACUCUACUUCCUCAGUACGACGGGCGACCACCUGUCAAACCACAGCAACCUGAAUCCAGCACUUCCCGACCAACUCUGAAUAAAAAGAAAAAAUCAAAAGUCAAAUCGAAGAAAAUCCAGCAAGAAGAAGAGGAAGAAGAAGAAUCCAGUGGUGAAAGAGAGGUAGCCCCCGUCGCUGCCUCAGGCAGAGAGCACCUGCGUGAGGGGAACACUCCCUCUUCCUCGACCCUGGGAGGCCAGAGUUUGCCCGUAGAGGGAGAUGGCGCUGCCGGGAAAGACCUGUUCUCCCCGCCCAUCCGUUCUGCCAGCUGGAAAAGGGUCAGCAGUAGUGAGUCUGACUAUUCCGACGCAGAGGGAGGCAUGCAGAGUAAAAUGAGGUCUUACCAAGCCAAAGUUCGCCAAGGAGCAUUAGCCUGUUUUCUUUCUACUAUAAAAUCUAUAGAAAAAAAAGUUCUUUAUGGCUACUGGUCAGCCUUUGUUCCCGAUACACCUGAGCUUGGCAGCCCUCAGUCCGUGUCCCUGAUGACUCUUACGUUAAAAGAUCCUUCUCCGAAGACACGUGCCUGUGCUCUGCAAGUUUUAUCUGCCAUCUUGGAAGGCUCAAAGCAGUUUCUGUCUGUUGCUGAAGAUACCAGUGACCACCGAAGGGCUUUCACUCCCUUUUCUGUGAUGAUUGCAUCCAGCAUUAGAGAAUUGCACAGAUGUCUUUUGUUAGCGCUGGUGGCCGAGUCGUCCUCACAGACCCUUACUCAAAUAAUUAAGUGCCUUGCAAAUUUAGUAUCAAAUUCACCAUAUAACCGUCUAAAACUCAGCCUGUUGACCAAAGUCUGGAACCAGAUAAAGCCUUAUAUUCGCCACAAAGAUGUAAAUGUUCGAGUGUCAAGCUUUACUCUCUUGGGAGCCAUCGUGUCCACUCACGCACCUUUACCUGAAGUCCAGUUGCUCUUACAACAGCCCUGUUCUUCCGGACUCAGCAGUAGCAAUUCAGUGACUCCCCACCUCAGCACUCCUGAUUGGUGCAAAAAAGCCCCCUCAGGACCCUUUCUGGAGGAAGCAUCAGUUAGCUCCCCAAAGGGAUCUUCAGAGCCCUGCUGGCUCAUCCGACUCUGCAUUUCCACUGUUGUGCUGCCCAAGGAGGAUUCCUGUUCGGGUAGCGAUGCUGGCUCUGCUGGAGGAAGCACUUACGAACCAUCCCCCAUGCGGCUGGAGGCCUUACAGGUGUUGGCUCAUCUGGCCAGAGGUUACUUUUCAAUGGCUCAAGUGUACUUGAUGGAACUUGGAGAGGUGAUUUGCAAAUGCAUGGGGGAAGCAGAUCCGUCCAUUCAGCUUCAUGGAGCAAAGCUUUUGGAAGAACUGGGUACAGGCUUAAUUCAACAGUAUAAACCAGACUCUACCGUACCAUCUGAUCAGAGAGUGCCAGUCACCUUGGUGGUGACGUUCUGGACUAUGAUGCUGAAUGGCCCUCUGCCCAGAGCCCUGCAGAAUUCUGAGCACCCGACUCUGCAGGCGAGCGCCUGUGAUGCCCUGUCUUCCAUCCUGCCCGAAGCCUUCAGCAGCCUGCCGAGCGACAGGCAGAUCCUGUGCCUCACCAUGCUGCUUGGGCUGAACGAUAGCAAGAACCGAUUAGUGAAAGCGGCGACCUCACGGGCCCUUGGAGUCUAUGUGCUUUUCCCCUGUCUCAGACAGGAUGUCAUUUUUGUUGCAGAUACAGCAAAUGCAAUAUUGAUGUCACUUCAAGACAAAUCUCUGAACGUCCGGGCCAAAGCAGCCUGGUCCCUGGGCAACCUGACAGAUACUCUGAUUGUCAACAUGGAGACACCAGACCCCAGUUUCCAGGAAGAGUUCUCUGGUCUCCUGCUCCUGAAGAUGUUGCGAUCAGCGAUAGAAGCAUCCAGGGAUAAAGACAAGGUAAAAAGCAAUGCAGUCCGGGCCCUUGGAAAUUUGCUUCAUUUUUUGCAGCCGUCUCAUAUAGAAAAGCCCAGGUUUGCUGAAAUCAUUGAGGAGUCCAUCCAGGCCCUAAUUUCUACUGUUCUAAUUGAGGCCGCCAUGAAAGUCCGGUGGAAUGCCUGUUAUGCAAUGGGGAAUGUAUUUAAAAAUCCUGCUCUUCCGUUAGCCUUUGCUGGUUUCAGUGCCAGUGGGUUCUUUCUAGGAACAGCCCCAUGGACCUCCCAGGCCUACAACGCCCUGACAUCGGUUGUAACAUCAUGCAAGAAUUUCAAAGUGCGCAUCAGAUCCGCCACUGCCCUUUCCAUCCCAAGCAAGAGAGAGCACUAUGGCUCUGUUGACCAGUACGCUCAGAUCUGGAACGCAUUGGUCACUGCCUUACAGAAGAGUGAAGACACCACAGACUUUCUGGAAUUCAAGUACUGUGCCAGCCUACGGACCCAGAUCUGCCAGGCACUGAUUCAUCUCCUGAGCUUGGCCAGUGCCUCAGACCUGCCCUGCAUCCGAGAAACUCUUGAAUUGAAUGGGGACAUGGUGCAGUCAUUUAUCCUACAGUUUCUAAAAUCAGGAGCAGAGGGAGAGGACCCCGGAGCACCCCACAGCUCGCAUGAAAGAGGCCAGCUGGUCAGAAGGGCCCUGGAGCACGUAAGCAGUAUCCAGGCACUGACCGGUGACACUGCCAGGAGGGCCAUCAUGGGCUUUUUAGAAGAUAUCCUCACCAUUUAUUUUGACUCGUCUGGAUCCCAAGUAGCGAUCCCAGAAUUAACAAGUCGGUGAAUAGUCUGCCACACUUCUAAGUGUUAGGUGGUAAUAGAAAGACGUAAGCUUGACUACUAGAUAUGCAGGAUUUAGUUUUAGGGGCAGAAACAACCUGUUCACCUUUAUUUAGAAUAGGUUAGCAUCUACUGAAAUUUUUCCUUGAAAGGCUCAGCCACCUCAGAGAGUGGUUCCAUGGCAUUGGCCACGGUACAGGCUGCUGGAGCCUCUGACCUGUGUGGCAGAAGCCCGGAGACAGGGUUGAGUGCGGAUGGAGCAGAUCGGGUGGUCAUGAAGGGCGUUUAGCCUCACAAGGUAGAAACAAAACACAAAGGAAUUUAGAGAUUAGGAUGUUGUGUCUUGUAUCUCUGGGAAUUGUUUUGCUUUUAUAAUAAACUAAUGAAAAAUA